AUGGUCAGCGCCAGGCUACUCCUCCAGGCCACCCUCGGGAGACCCAGGAUCCCCCUGUCCAAAUCAGCCGAUAGAACUGCAGCGCCGCUGCACAGGAGCGCUUCGUCCAAUGCACCCAGUAAGGGAACAUUCGUCGUCUACUCUCGGGACGGAGGACGCUUUGCGGUUCCUUUGGCAUACCUCAACACUUUCGUCUUCCGGAAGCUCCUCGAGAUGUCGGAAGAGGAGUUCGGAUUGCCCAGCGACGGCCCCAUCGUGAUGCCAUGCGAUGCGUCUCUCAUGGCUCAAGUCGUUGCGGCGCUCCGCAGACGGGCGCCUAGAGAGGCGGAGACGGCGCUUCUCGGCACAAUCGCCGGCGCCCGGUGCUCAUCCUCGUCCUCGCCCCCGCAAGACGUUGCUCGCCGGCCAUUGCUCGUCCCUGAUUUCUGA